CAGCCAAUCAGAGGCAGCAUGAGGUCGGUACUUAAAAGCGCCAGCAGGCAGCAGGAGGCUGUUUCAACUGCUGCAGCCUCCACUCAGGUCGUUUGGACCAAACAUGACCAGGAAGCUACAAAAUCCAACUCCUGAAGAUGGAAAGACCAGAAAAAGGGUUCUGAAACCCGUUGUGGAGAAGAAGAGAAGAGAUCGAAUCAAUCAAAGUCUAGCUGAGCUGAGAAGUCUGCUGCUGAACCACACAUCUGAUCCACGACUGCAGAAUCCAAAAAUAGAGAAAGCAGAGAUUCUUGACUUGGCUGUGAAAUAUCUUCAGAAGUGGACACAGGGGGAGAACCUGAGCAAUGAUGCUGCUAACACUGACAUGAGGAUUUGUGCUCCUGUGGGAAGCCUUCAUCACCCAGAGUCUAUUGCUCCUACUCUGUUUACCAUAGAGAGUGCAGGCUUUCAGCAGUGUGUGGCCCAGCUGACCUACUACAUGCACAAAAUUACGCCGUCACAGAGAACAAGCCUGAUUGAAAGGCUGAAACAUCACACAGAGAGCCAGCAGUCAAACAGUACAAAACCAGACCGCAGUCAGAGGGUGACAGAGACCGAGACGGCUGAGCAGCUGCACGCAACAUCUGGUGACGCCAUCUGCACAUCUGACAGCAAAGAAGAGUCUCCAAAGUUGUUGCUUCCAUCUCAGUCUCCAUUUCAGCCUCACUCUUGCUCCACACCAUGUCACGGCUACCUGUCCCCUCCUCCCUCUCCCUGGCUCUCUCCCUCUUUCUCCACGUAUGCCACCUCUCCUCCUUUCCCGUCAUUUGCCUCUCACUUCUCCUUCCCACCCAGCUUGUCACCUCUGUCUUCCAACACCUCCUUCUUUAGUUUCUCACCCACCGUCCCUCACUCUGGCCCUCCUGCCCUCCUCUGCCCCCCUCCACACCCUGCACUGAGGGAGGGGUCGCCGUCAAGCUCCUCCUCACCCAUGUGGAGGCCUUGGUUUUAGUGAAGUGGACCAGAGACUGACAAACUGAGGGCAGCAGAGCCACCUGGUGGGGACGAGCUGCGACCAUUGUCUGAGGAGAGGACGGGAAACCCUCCAUGCUGGGAAUGUAUAGUGUACAUAUUAUUAAAUGUCUAUAUUUUCAAUUUCUUCUUAUAAAUAAAA